UGCAAAACAAUUUUCAUCCCAAAAUUCAAAUAUGAUACAUGUCUCGCAUAUAAAUUUAUGAUAUAAUUACUAUUACUAAAUGUUAUACUGAAAUUAAAACACAUAUAAAACAUACGUACAUGUUUGUAAGUUAUUUUACAUAGACGUACAAUCUAUAUUCUAUAGUUGACUACACUAAUUUCUAAUAGCAUGUAUUGGUUAUUGAUGUUUGAAAAUAAAGACAAAUUUAAUUUUAUAAAGAAAUUUAAGUUUCACAUUUACAUGUCACAUGUAGAAUUUCAUAUAUCUCAAUAAACCAAUAAGUUACUGUUAUCUCCGUUUCCAGUUGUCAGUGUUGCCAAAACCAUAUUUGUACAUGCUAGUACUGUAGGAAAAAAGUUGUAAUUUAAAGUUUGUUCAUAUCUGACUUUGCUGAUUCAUUGGCAUCAUUAAACUACAAACAUUUUACGGAUAUUGGCUAAGACAGUGAAAGUUUAACCUAUUGUUGUUUUCUUCCAAGAAUUACAUCCUAUAACGAUAUCUCUCAUAUUAUGAUAAAAAUCAUGUUUGCAUAUUUUAUGGUCAAAUAAUAAGAAACAAAUCAGUAGCUUUUUAGUGGGGUAGUGUCUUUUACAACCCCAUUCCUCAAAAGCAAUGGGCCUUGGCGACCUUAGGCCUUCAGCCCCAUUUAUUUAAAGGGAUGGAGAGAUACUCGGACAUAAAUCCUUGCAUAAUGUUUUUACGAUAUAUAGAAUGUUUACAAACCUUCUGAUAAAUCUACCUGAGAAUUUAAGCUUGACCUAGGUUGAAUGAACGAGGUUCGAACUAGAAUAUCCGUAUCUAGGCAUUAUGGCAGAAAACCUUUUCCUGGAGGAUUACAUAACACUUGGCGUAUACUUUUGCAUUGUGCUGGCUGUUGGAUUAUGGUCGACUUUCAGACCUAACAAAGGCAAUGCAAAGGGCUACUUUCUGGCGGGAAAGAACAUGCACUGGAUACCUAUUGGUGCCUCAAUAUAUGCAAGUAACAUAGGAGCCCCUAUGUUCAUUGGUUUGGCUGGUACAGCUGCAGGGUCUGGAAUAGCUGUCACUAUAUAUGAAUGGCAUGCGGUGUUUUUCAUUAUUUUACUUGGCUGGGUUUUUCUCCCUGUUUACGUUGCAUGUGGGGCUUACACCAUACCUGAAUGGGUGAAGAAGCGAUUUGGAGGACGUCGACUGCGCAUGUACGUGUCCUUUCUCGCUCUACUUGGCUACAUCCUCUUUAAUGUGUCUGGUGAAAUCUAUACAGGAGCAAUCUUCCUACAACAAAUGCUGGAAUGGAAUAUAUACUUAUGUGUCAGCAUAAUUCUUGGAGUCACUGCUGUAUAUACAACAGUUGGUGAUCUGGCGUCCGUUAUCUAUACAGACACCUUGCAGGCCGUGGUACUCAUUAUUGGUGCAACUAUACUGUUCUUUUUGUCGAUAAUAGAAGUAGGAGGAUACGACGCCAUGGAGACAAAGUUUAUGAAUGCCAUGUCGAAUGAGACCAGGUACAAUCGUUCUCACUAUUCCUGUGGGGUACCUCCGGCAGAUUCGCUCCACAUGUACAGAGAUGCUGUCACAGGGGACAUUCCCUGGCCAGGGGCAAUACUUGGGCUUUCUACCUUGGGUCUCUACACAUGGGACCAGGAUCAGAUAAUCGUUCAACGAACACUCUCUGCUCGAAAUAUGGUACAUGCUAAGGCAGGGACACUGCUGGGAGCUGUGUUGAAAUUGACGGGGUUUCUGUUGUUCGUAAUUCCUGGGAUGAUCAGUCGUAUUCUUUACACAGAGGAGGUGGCAUGUUCUGAUCCAGAUAAAUGCAUGGCGUUCUGCAACAACAAAAGCGGAUGUACCAACAUAGCUUAUCCGCUAAUGGUUCUUCGAUUGCUUCCGAAAGGCCUCCGUGGUCUGAUGUUGGCUGCUUUGUUGGCUGCUCUGAUGAGCUCCUUGACCUCCAUCUUGAAUAGUGCGAGCUCCAUCAUGACCCUGGACAUCUGGCACCAGUUCCGCAAAAAAGCGUCUCAGUCGGAGCUGAUGAUCGUGGGACGAGUUACUGUUCUUGUCCUUAUUGCCCUCAGUAUACUUUGGCUGCCCAUUCUACAGCAGACACAGGGUGGACGAUUCUGGUUCUAUAUGCAAUCCGUAAAGUCCUAUCUCAUCCCUCCACUGUGUAUGAUGUUUCUCUUAGGGUUAUUUUGGAACAGAACGACAGAGCAGGGCGUGUUUUGGGGACUAAUGUUGAGCACCAUAGUGGGUGUUGUACGCAUGGCCCUAGAUUUUACUUUUCUUGCACCUCCAUGUGGCAGUAACGAAGUUGACACCAGGCCAGAAAUCAUUUCCAAAGUGGAUUUUCUACACUUUGCAAUAAUUUUGGCUUUGAUUUCAACCAUAGUUAUGGUGGUCAUCAGUUUAUUUACUCAGCCCCGUCCAGAAAAGAAGCUUCACCGAUUGACAUGGUGGACAAGGAAUGAUGAAGCGGAACCGGAACUGACUGAUAAUGAGGAUGAAGAAGUUCAUACUUCAUUCAUAAAAAGGGGAGAAGAUCCUAAAACCAUGCAGAUACAGGAAAAUGAUCAAACAAAUGAAAAUGAAAAAACUGGAUUUGAACGACUUAAGACUUCGUUUAAAAACUGGGUGUGUGGAAUUGACGAGGAUGCAAAGCAGACACUGACAGCUCAGGAACUACAAGAACUCCGGAGAAGGAUGACGUCACUAGAGGAAUCCUCAAAGAUGAAGAUCAUUUUAAAUGUGUCUGCUAUUUUCAUCACCAUUUUGACUAUUGUUUUAUUGGUUUAUUUCGCGUAA